AUGAUAAACAUGUCAUUUAUUAAUUUCAGCAUUGUGUGCCGUUUUGGCCUUUUUUUCCUUAUCACAGCUGCACAUUUUUCUGCAUGUCAUUUCUUCCCUGAAGACAGGAAUCUUUUGGACCUUUCAUCUCCGCAUGGGAGAAUUACGGUUGAUGUUUUGAACCCAUCAGAAACAUACUACUUGCUUGGACUGCGGGUAUUGAAUGGGUCUAACUCCACCACCUUCUUGGUGGACCAUUCUGUUACGUUCGGGAAGGAAGUAAAUGUGCUAUUUGGGGAUAAAGCCGUUUCUAUACUUCCAUUUGCGAGAAAUGCAAAGAUACUUGUGACAAAUACCGACUGGAAGCAUCGCCAAGUUAGGAAAAAGGUUGCAGUUGAAUAUGAUUUACAUGGUACCCAUAUUGUUAGGAAAUAUCUACAGACCAUAACUAGUAUGGCUUCUAAUGUGAGCGAUUAUUUUUCAAUAAAUUUUGAAGUGGAUAGGAAAUCAGAGGGCCUUACUAAAGCUGCAGACACUCAGGAGGUACCCGCUAUAGAAGCACAGGAACAUGAAUACUCUGACAUUUCUUACGUAGAUGAUGAAGAUUCUGAUUCUGAUGAGGACCGAGACAAAAAUAAAGAUGAAAACAUCCAAGAAGUGUCGGAAACAACUCCGCAAUCCGCUUCAUAUACUUUCAUUACAAGCAUGUACGAUGCUGUAUCUACUGCAGGUGAUUGGGCAAAGUCUAAAGUUGCAGAAUCUCAUACUGGUCCAAAAGUUGACUUUUCUACCGAUUUAUCCCAAACUAAUGGUUUUCAAUCCAGGGAGACUUUGGCCAUCAGUUCAUCAGAUUUCAAGUGCACAGUUAUGGAUAACGUUGAUGAUUUGUAUAAAAUGGCGUUUUUUCAGAAUUGUAAGUUGCCAUUACCUGAAAAAGCAAGUAGAUUUGAGGUGUGUUAUGUACAAGAACCAAAUAAAGCCAAUAUUCUUGUAACUUCAUUGUUUGACAAGGUCUCUGUUGAGCAAUAUUAUACAUGUGCAUUCACAAACAAAGUCAAACCUUUGUUGGAUUUUACAAAAUUCAAAGAUUUAAAGCCAUAUAAUGUACGUAAUGAGGUACAAAGUUCGCAUAAAUCUCAUAGGAACCCGUUUCAUUUGAAUAUUGAUGCGUUUGAAGGCGAUGAUAAUAUAGAAAAAAUAAGCCAUGGAAAGUGUGACGUUUUUCGUUAUUUAGAUGGUAAAGAACAUGACGAUGAAAAUGAUCGAUAUGUUUCUGUUACUAGGAUUACAUUUGGGUCCACAAUAUUUGAAAUUCCAGAGGGACGUACAUUUGUUAUGGCCUCAAGAUGUUUUCCUUAUACAUCCACAACAUAUGUUAGCAUCAUGCUUAAAAAUGGACCUAUUUAUGAAAAUAAGAUGUGGCAUAGUAUAGACAGUUGUAGCUAUCACGAAAGAAAGGAACCUGUAGAUUCUGACAGGUUGGAUAUCAUGGAAUAUUCACACCAAGUAUGGAACAACAGAGAUACUUCGGGUAGAAUGGGAUACUUGAGUCCUAACCCACUAGAUAAUAGUGGUGUAUUAUGUAUCGGUCAGUUUAAGAAUACCGAUAAGGGGAUAAACGAAAAUAUAUGUAAACCUAUUUCAAAGUUUUCCCAAUACAAGUUAAUCUCAACUUCUGAUUCAUUCACAGUCAUCAAACUCCUUAAGAAUAGCGACAAAUCACCACUACUAAUUGGAAAUUGUUACAUGGAGAUAGCUAAGAAAAAUGAAGAUACCAUGAUUUAUAUCUCGCACACUACAAACCAGCCUACCAAUGUUUUAAUACAGCAUUCCCCGUCGGAACAUUAUUCAGUUGUUGAGACAAAUAGUGGUUCUAAUAAUUUUAUUCUGGCUAGAGAUGUGUUUAACAACGCUUCUAAAACGGGUGUAAAGCUCAAUACCAAUUUGAACAAUCCUCAGAGCUAUAAUGGAAUUACUUGGAACAUCAACAUGUUGAACAAAAGUUGGACAUUCUACCCUAAAAGUUUCCCUUACCGUUUGAUUGGUGAUGUUACAUUCAAAAAUGCGAAGAUAUUGUCUCAUAAUGAAGAAGGUUACAAAUAUCUGGUAACUCCUAAAAAAGAUCCGCUUACAUCGUUUGAAUUGGUUGUAAGGCAUGAAGAAUCAAAGACCGCAGCUAUUAGAGUUUCUGAAGAAGGAAGUUAUGGUACCAAAGUAGAUUUUAGUUUUGGUUCAGAGCUUUAA